GGAUGUCAUGAUCCUCGGCUGGGAUUCCCUUCACUGCCAAGUUUAUGGAUCCACGCUAAAUAUUUUCCAUUUAAGAAAACCAGAUAUUGCUCUAAAUGCGAUAUUCUAAUUUUAUAUAAUAGAUGUUUACAGUAUGGCGAAUUAAAAAGGACUUUAGUCGCAAGAAAAAGGGGUUAUGAAACACGGGAUCCUUGGGUUUCACAACAGGGCUGACAGCGGCUCCUCUCCACCAAUCACAGAGCCCGCCGCCGCGUCACGUGACUCUUUAUUUAUGUAACGUAAUGGGGUUACAUAGUAACUGAGCUUCGUGGCUUCGGAAACGUCGCUCCAGAGGUUAUAAACGGACAGAGACACCUGAUUAGGGGGGAAACAAACAUCAAUGUGCGCUUUGAUCGGUUCCGCUGGAGCGCAGUUCGGUGCGGAGCGCGCGGCUUGGAGCGCACAGACCGACGGCUGCGCGUCACUCAGUCCGUUUAAAGUGUCCGAGGAAGGAAAGAUGCUGCUGGAUCCGAACCAAAGACUCUCUAAAGGCUCCAAAAGACAAUGUGAAUGAAAAGCUUUGGAUCUAGGAGUGAAGAAGCUGAAAAGUCCCCCCCCCCCUGCAGCCUGUUUUUAACGCCUGGUUGUGGUGAUGGAUCUGAUGGAGUGUCCGCACUGCCUCUUCCCGAUCUGCGAGCCGGUGACCGUGCCGUGCGGACACACGUUCUGCCGGAGGUGCGCGGCGGGUUCCCUCCCCUCCAAAUGCCCGCUGUGCAAAGAGAGGCUGAAGCAGAAGGAGGUGAGGAGCACCAAGAACAACGUCCUGCUCAUCGGGAUUGCUGAGAAGUGUUGGCCCCAAGAGACCAGGAUGAAGGGCCAAAUCCAGGAGAAGCUGAGAGCCAGCGAGUUCACGGAAGCUUUACGCAUGGCCACCGAGGCGCUGCGCUUAGUGCCGGACAAUCCGAGUUUGAAGCUGUUCAGAGCUGAAGCUAACCUGGGCCUGCUGCGGUUCUCCGAUGCUCUGAUGGACCUCGACUACCUCUGCUGCCUUCAACCCAACUGGACAGAAGGUUUUUAUCGUAAAGGGAAUGUUCUGCUGGAAAUGGGUCAGCAGAAGGAAGCCCUGAUCCAGUUCCACCAUUGCCUAAAACUUCAAGCUGACUUUGUUGCUGCAAAGAGCCAGAUCAAGAAGGUCCUGCAGGUAGAGGGAAUAGCGGUGCCAGAGGAGGUGCCAUGCAUUCUGCAGCUGGUUUCUGAUUACCUGAAAGAACCCCCCAUCACCACCCUCAGCGGCUCCCAGGCACCGACGCAAGGAGAAGGCAAGAACCCAAACAUGGAGAGGAGAGAAGCACACAAGAUGAAGCAUGAAGCUGGUACGGAGUGCUGCCUCAGCCUCUGCCAAGCUGUUUCCUUCCUGCCUGCCGGUGAAGAAGAUGAGGAAAUGAUGAUGAGGAAAGAAGAAUGCCAGGGUAGAGGGGAAAGUAAAGCAGGCAGAGAGAAAACACUGGCUGUGCUCACCGUCUCAGACUUUGAAUGCCCUCUCUGCAUCAGGUUGUUUUUUGAGCCGGUAACGACUCCAUGCGGCCACACUUUCUGCAAGAACUGCAUUGAGAGGAGUCUGGACCACAACGUGCGCUGUCCACUCUGCAAGCAGCCGCUGCAAGAGUACCUAAAAAACCGGAAGUACAACCCGACAAUUUUGCUUCAGGAAAUCAUGGAGCAACUUUUUCCCUCCCAGUUGGCUGAAAGGAAACAGGUUCAUGAUGCAGAGAUGGCCGAACUCUCCAACCUCACCAGAGACAUCCCCAUAUUUGUCUGUACCGUGGCCUUCCCAGGAGUGCCGUGCCCGCUGCACAUCUUUGAGCCGCGCUAUCGGCUGAUGAUGCGUCGCUGCAUGGAAACCGGCACCAAGAAGUUUGGCAUGUGCAGCUAUGAGCACGGCAAAGGGUUUGCCGACUACGGCUGCAUGCUGGAGAUCCUGGACAUGGAGAGGCUGCCUGACGGACGAUCUUACGUUGAAACCGUGGGCGGCAGCAGAUUCAGAGUGCUGAAGCGAGGACAGAGGGACGGCUACCACACAGCAGACAUCGAGUACCUGGAGGACGUCAAGGUUGAGGGGAGUGAGCUGGAGCUCUUGCAGCAUCUUCAUGACAGCGUGUACCAGCAGGCUCAGGACUGGUAUCAGCGUGUGGGCAGCCGCAGCCGCGACCACAUAAACAGGCAGCAUGGCAGCAUGCCGGAUAAGGAGGCCGACAUUCAGGCCUCGCCCCACGGUCCGGCCUGGUGCUGGUGGCUGCUGUCGGUGCUCCAGCUGGACCCCGCCUAUCAAACCACCUUCCUGUCGCUGACCUCCCUGAAGGACCGCCUGGGACACCUCCGCCUCGUCCUCGAGUACUUUUCUCAGAGCUAGAUCCCAGAGCGCUGCCACCGCUUACCUAGGGUUCAACAUAACGCACACAAAGAGUCAAACCAGCGAACGCACGCACAAAACACCGAGCUCCAGGUCGGCUUCAGGCUAAAAGCAGACAGCUGAGGAUCUGACUUAGUUUUUAAUUUCUGCCAUUUGAUUUUGCAUAUAAGGAUCUUUGGAAACUUUUAUAUCGGACGAAACUUUGGGACAAACCAAAGACAGUUCUGGGUUAUCAAAGCUUGCUCUACACAGAGAGUUUGAACCGGGUCACUUUUCCAAAUAUUGUGCUGUAGGCGAAAACUGGGUGAUUAUUAUUAGUAUUAUUUUUUUCCCCCACAUCACAAAGAACAUAAAACAGCCUCUGAUGCCUGUUUUAGCCAAACGUGGAGACAGAUUCGACAUUAGAGGCUCAUCUGGGGGAUUUUAUGGUGAAACCGGUAACAUUUGUCUGACCUGUCGGCCUUGGCAGCCGUUGAAUGUGGCCUGUUUUAUACUGAUAAGUGGUUUUAAAGUAAAGUACUUCUAUUUCGCAUUAAGGUUUGGCAAUAACUGACCCUGCAGCAGGUGGAGGAUGCAGGUGGA